CAGGAUUUAUCACUUCGGAAAUAAACGAGAAAUGUAUUCCAUCAUUCGACAAUAUAAAGAAUGGAGAUCUCAUAGAUAAUGACUGUGACCAAAGGAUCGAUGAAGAAAUCAAAGAUGGCAUAGAUAAUGACAACGACAAUUUGAUCGACGAAGACCUCGCAAAACCACCAAGAAGGAAUGGAGGUUGGGGAGAAUGGUUGGAGUGGGAAUGUGUUACUGGUUGUCUUAACUAUAAUUUUAGGCGAGUCAGAUUGUGUGACAAUCCUGCACCAGAAAACGAAGGGGACUAUUGUCCUGGAAACGAGUUUGACGUAAAAGGGCAAAACGAACGAGAUUGUGGUUUUGGGAAAAUGUGUCCGACAGACUGUCCAGUUGGGAGGUGGCAAUACGGCUGUGAAAAAUCGUGUGAGAACUGUGAGCAGGACUGCGAUAAAUUCAAUGGGAACUGUACCACAUGCAGGCCUGGUUUUACAGAUGCAGCGUCAGGAUGUAGCCAGAGCUGCCCACAGUUCACAUUUGGGGCGCGAUGUAGUGGAAAUUGCAUUACUAAGUGUAUGACGGAGUGUGUGGAUAAAAUCAGUGGAGCAUGUCCUCCGACCCCAGCGAACAACAUGGUGUAUUUGUGGUGGCUGGUUUUGCUAUUGCCUAUCGUUUUAGUGAUUGUGUACCUGCUCAGGAAACAAAGUGAUAUAGCUGCCAUCGCUGAGGGUGAAAUGUGAAGUUUCUUGAUGUUUUAUGAGCACAGCUAUAACUUAGUUUGUAUAUAAACAUUAUUUUUCGUAAUUUUUCUACUCUGAGUGUUUUUUGGUUACAAAUGACAUUGUUGGGGAAAUAUACCAUGUUAGCUCAACCAAUUCAAUCUAAUCAAUCCUACAUGAUAUUAUGUCUUCUAUCUAUGUAUGUAUUUGCAAACACUUUUAUAGACUAAAAUAAAACUUAGAUUUCUUAAAAUUUCUUUUUUAAAGUUGUAAAGAGGUUUUUGUUUUGAUUGUAGGGUAGGUAAUACACCUUCUCUUACAAUAAGUCGUUUCAUGUUAUGGUAAAAUUCUAGAAGUAGUUAGAAUUUGAGACUAGGCUACAAAUUGUAAACAGCUAAAACUAAAAUUAUUUUUAAAAAUAAAACAAUAAAGCAUAGACUAUCUUAAAAUAAAUUAACAUAAUGUGUUUUCAAUAUUUUUAAUGAAACAUUUAAAAACCAAGAUGCUAAGUAUUUACUGUUCAAAAGAGUAAGUAUUUGUAGUUUAUAAAGGUAAUUUUAUUGUUUAACAGUUAAUUUUUUUAUUU